UUAAAUCCUAUCACAACAAACCAAUAAGUGCGGCUACUUACGAAACCAUAGUUAGUUUUAUUCAGACAACGUGAUUCUAACAACGCAUUGUGCGGGACAUGAUAAUAUCAAGAAACAAGUAUUCAGUUAUUAACCAUUUACGUACAUACGUAUUCGGAGGGUGCAAUUAGUGUUUUUACAGCGUAACAAGAGAUAAGAAACUACCAUGAAUCAAAUAAAGAACAACUGGUUCACUGAGUCAUGUGAGAUGUGGCCAGGUGGCACAUUUUCCAUCCAGGUCAAAGAGGUUCUACACACUGAGAAGUCUCAAUACCAAGACAUAUGUAUACUGGACACUACUAACUUUGGUAAAGUUAUGGUGCUUGAUGGUAUCAUACAGUGCUCUGAGAAAGAUGAAUUUUCUUAUCAGGAAAUGAUUUCAUUUUUACCAUUAUGCUGCCACAAGAACCCAGAGAAAGUUCUGAUUGUGGGUGGAGGUGAUGGUGGUGUUGCCAGGGAGGUUGUCAAACAUCCCAAAGUCAAGGAAGUUGUUCAGGUUGAAAUCGACGCCAAAGUAAUCGAAGUAUCUAAAAAGUACCUUCCAUUCAUGGCGGUUGGUUUCGACAGUCCCAAGCUCACACUCCACGUUGGCGACGGCUUCGAGUUCAUGAAGAACCACAGCCAAGAGUUCGACGUCAUCAUUACUGACAGCAGCGACCCCGUGGGGCCCGCCGUCAGCCUCUUCCAAGAAAACUACUUCGCGCUUAUGAAGAGCGCUCUCAAACCAAACGGUAUUGUAUGCUCACAAGCCGGAACCAUGUGGAACGACAUAACCCUCGUCUCCAACACCUUAAAGUUCUGCAGAAACCAGUUCCCGCGCGCCAGUUACGCUUACGCCUCUGUUCCUACCUACCCCUCUGGCCAAAUAGGUUUUGUCAUCGGUUCUUUAGAUAGUGACAUAAUUUUCGACACCCCUUCCCUAGUCUUGUCCGCCGAAGAUCUGAAAACCAUGAAUCUGAGAUACUACAACAGUGAGAUCCACAAAGCGGCGUUCGUUUUACCCACGUUCGUUAGGAAUACCCUGGCUUAAAUAUUUUUGAGAAACUUGUACUUAAAUGUGCAUUUAUUUUAGUUUAUAAACGUCUUGAUUUAAAGGUACAGAGACGGCCGAUUUGAAUCUAUAAGUACCUUUUAUUAUGUAUAAUUUUAUUUUGUAGUCGGGUAUUUUUCCAAUUCCAUUUUUUUACGAUUUUAUAUAAGGUGUAUAACAUGUUUGUAACAAUCGUGAAUAGUUUUGCUAGAUUGAUUUUUAUCAACGCUUACGUAAUUCAGUACGUAUACAAAAUAUUUACUAAUUAAUAAUGUUUUUAUUUUGAGUAGUAACUAUGAAAGAAGACGUAUUUCUGUCGUGCGAUCCUAUAACUAGGACACAGAAUGUGACCUAGUUCUAAGCCUAACUAAAAAUUAUCUAUUUCUCGAAUAAAAAAGUAAUUAGGCACUAUUUAACUAUUUGACGGUAAAUUAAUCAAUAAUCUUUGUAAGCACGGCUGUGUUGAUCGGACUUUUAUGCAUAAUGUGAUUCUAUCGCAGUUCGUAAUAAAAAUACAAUAUUUUUUACAUUGUUACUACAUUGAAAAUUAUAUUAGUAUGUAAGUGUUAUCGACUAUAUAAUAAGGUUAUUUACAUGUAAUACUCGGCUUGAACUUUAUAACAUUCCAUACAUACAUACCAUAUUUAUAUAAAAAAAGGAUUUUUUAUAGAUAUUCUAGUCUGUGAUUAUCAUUUCUCUGUAGUAUUUAGUACAUUGGGAUCAAAUCAUAGACUAAUAAGACUAAAUAACAAGUAAGUGGUAGUUUGGGUUUCGAAAACUUUUAAUUUGUACAAAUGACAAUUGUAUAUGGUUCAAAAAGUUCAACUGUUAUGUUUUAAAAUUACAAAAAAUAUAUAUUUCUAUUUGUUAAUGAAUUCUCGAAUGUCAAAGUGAAGCAUUAAAUAAUAUAGGUGUCGAUGUCUUCGUGUUUUACACUAAACUAGUUUGCUCAUAACUAUGUGAUAAAAAAUCGUAAUAAAUAUUUUUGUACAA